AUGCCCCCCCUCCCCCUCCCUCUCCCAUUCCCCACCUCUAUCCCCCAAAGGCCCCUCGCAUCGCUAAUUUGCCCGUCGGCUCCGUUUCUCGCCCCUCGGCUGUUGUGCGUUCCCAGACGGUCCUCACCAUGCCUCCGGCUACCAACUCUCCAUCUCCGCCUUGGUGCCGCAUACGCAACAAAUAUACGCAAAGAAUCGGCUAAAGCUCGAUAUAUAUGGAAUCGCAAUGCGGGAAAUUCUCAUCUAAAAGGCAAAGCUCUUGCGUCAUUUCGAGAGCGGUUCGUUUCCGCUCUUGACGCCCGAAAUUUGCCAGUUGUGGUGGAGCUGUAUCCUGCCCUCGUUGAAUCCAUCCCGUUGGAGCCCAGGGAUACUCGUGCGAUUGCGACUCAACUUCACAAUUACCUGAGAAAUCAUCCUAACCCUGCUAGCCAGUCGGAAUUUGUCCUCAUGUUCCUCGAGCGAAUAACCCAAGACAUUCAGUCGAGGAAGCUCCCGCCGCACACAUUCGCCCAUGUGCACUUGCUGGGUAUUUACAAAGAGUGUAAGAAAUAUGAUGAAGGUUAUGCAUUCUGGCUGUGGCUGCAGGAACAGGACGACACCUAUGUGGAUCAGGCUGUGUACGGGGCCGCGAUCGAGAUGCUGGCCUUUCAAGGGCGCACCAGUCUUGCAACGCUCGAGGAGCUGUACAUCAAUGGCCUCAAACGCUUCCCAGGUACCUUUGCAGAGUACCACCUCUCUCCUGAAGCUAUCGUACCUGACCGAACACAACCCACCACCAUCCCUGGCAUUCCCUUGAUCCUCCUCCAGGGUAUAUUGACCGCUCGAAUGUGCUGGCGCGACUGGAAGAAGGCAUAUCUGGCCCUAGACACCGCCCUUCGGCUCUACCCGCAUCAAGUACCCCCACGGUUUUUCGAGCUCUUUAUGAACGAAAGGCCCAUGUCUGAGGGAUACACAGUUUUUCUUCUGGCAUGUCGUGCAGGGAUUCUGCUCAAGCCGAACCACUUGACCAGUCUUUUGUCUAUGCUUAGCGACACCAUGGGACGAUGUCCUUCUCUCGACGACCGGAUGGUGAUUCUUCAGGGUAUGGUUAAUGCUUUGUAUGCCUAUCUAGAAGCUGGAGGCAUGAUUCAAGGCCCGCACGUGGGCUCCAUUCUCAAUGCUUUCGGUAAUCUGCUUCCCCGCAAGCCCUUCGGAGAAGAUUACCAAGGCAACGAGGGAAAGAUCCGGAAUAUUAUCGUCACCACAGCCCACGAAAUCAUGAAGACUCUUAUACAAUCGGGAGUGCCUCCGCAGCCUCAGCUAUUCAUAUCGCUUAUCAAAUUGGCCGGCACUCUUCGGGUCCCUUCUUUGCUCGAAGUCUCCCUCAGGGAUAUCGAAACUGCUCGUAUUGACAUUGGCGCAAUAGGGAGCAGGAACGUGCUUAUUUCUGCCGGGCAUCUUCGAGAUAGGGCCACGCUAGAACGCUUCUGGACAGCCAUUGCUUCCCAAGCAGAAUCAGAAGGCAGGCAGGUUACUUAUUCCGAUUGGAUUACUUUCGGAAGAGCAUGUCGACAAGCGGACCUUAAAGACUUCUUCAAUGAACAGCUUCAAAAAUUCAAACACUCGGUUACUCCACGGGAGGAAGUGCUUCUAGCGCAAGAGCUGAACUGGAGCGAGAAACCUCCCACGGCCGAGAACUUCUCGCUCAUGGAUCCAGCAAAUUUUAUCUCUAUGAUGGGGACUAUUCGAGCUCGCAUUAACGAUAUUGCUACAGCCGUCAUGUCCGGUCAAACCCUGGACCUUCUGAAGACCCCCUUUCCCAUGUUCCUUGACCCGGAAAGGCGAUCAUUGGGCCUGAUGAAAGAUCUGCGGGCCGUUUACGACGAGCUCAGUACUGAUCCUUAUCAGCCACCUCAAAAACACACGCCACAGCAUUCAAUCCCUCUGAGUGCCACAGGAAUCCCGUUGGAUGAAUUGCGCUUCCAGAACUGGGUCACCGUCAUGGAGCUUAUGAGUGAAGCCGAAGCCACUGAACUUGAGUUUCAGCGGCGAUUAGAUGAAGCUAUUGCUAAAGGGAGACCUUUUAAACAAAACCAUCACAUACUAACCUUUCGCUUUGCUGCCAGUGCACCUCCUUCUAGAGACGAGGUUCGAGCAACUAUCAGGCGCUUGCGAGCAUCUAGGGACCCCCUCUCUUCUCCGGCUCCCCCGACUAAUAUUCGCAAAGUCGUCACAGAAAUCCAUACCCCCUCCAGUUCCGGUGCGAAAAGUUCUAGCAGUCAUUUGUAUAAGACUAUCUUCCAAUCUGGGUCCGAAUUCAGUACCAAAAAUACUUCGGCAGCGAAAUCAAGCAUCACUGCCGAGUACACCACCUCUUCACCUUCAAAUGAGGAUGUAUCAUACGCUGAAGCGCGGUUCACGCCUUUAAUUCGGCCAGUCAUCUCUGUCAAGCCUCAGAUCAAACCAUAUAUAUCUCUUGAAUCCACUCAUAAAGCUCCAGCACCAAGUCCAACAAGUCUCAAACAUAGACCACUUGCCAAGCCGAAAAGAAGCCUUCCCAGACAUUUACCGGCGAGCAAUUCUUCUUAGAUACCCACUGUACAACAGUAUCGCCUGUAAUUCACCUGUUCAAUACCAAUCAAAAUAGCGACAGAUGAUCGCAGUUCCGGUCUACCUUGUAAGAUGGUCGAUAUGACUAGGCACAGAAUUUAAUAACGGCAUUUUAUACCCGUCCACGAACGUCUUGUGUGUAUACAUAGAUUCUAUCUGCAUAUACGAUAGAUUGCGCCGUUGAAAUCCUGCAUUGCAUUGCAUCGCAUCACAUCACAAGCGAAGUUAUCUAUCUCGCGUCAAACGGCCAGAUCAUCGCAUCUCUUUUCAUUCCUCUAACUUCUUUAAGAAACGCGCCAUGUCCUUCCGCAAUCAGGUCAUUCUUUACAGAGGGGGCAUGUUCCAUAUGCAAUACCAGUAUAGCAACUGUGCGAAGGAGUUUUUUUCCCACCUUCUCGAGGGCAAUGGCCUCCAG